CCUUGGGGGGUCCGCAGGGGGCGAGCAGGUGUAUAAAAGAGAGGACACAUCACAACAGACAACACAACAACACAACAAGGGAAAGGACGACAGCGAGCAAACCAGGAUUCCUGAGCGUUUAACGAUACUUUCUUUCUUUCUUUCUACGGUACAUUUUCCCCUCUUCUCAGGUGUAAGGCGAUGUCACAGCGGAGCGGCCCCCAUCUUCUUCUCCUCUUUGCCCUCUUCAGUGUGCUCUACUCCAGGACUCUCAGUCUGCCCUACGCAUCCAUGAGACCGACGAGACACGCAGACGGUCUUUUCACCAGCGGCUACAGCAAACUUCUGGGCCAGCUCUCAGCCAGGAGAUACUUGGAGUCUCUGAUUGGGAAGCGAGUCAAUGAUGAGCUGAUGGACGAGCCGGUCAAGCGUCACUCGGACGCCAUCUUCACAGACAACUACAGCCGCUUCCGCAAACAGAUGGCGGUCAAGAAGUACCUCAACUCGGUCUUAACGGGGAAGAGAAGUCUAGAAAAUGCCGGGACGAGCGACCAGGAAGAGUCCAGGGACGACCCCGACACCUUCCACGAGAGCUACGACGACAUCAACGUCGACCACUUGCUUAACAACUUCCAACUGCCGCUUUGAGGAGAGGUCCCGACGUCCGGAGUCAUUGUGGUGAAAACAUCCGUUCCAGCAACAACAACAACAAAACAACAGCAUUCACCCAAAGAUCCCAGCAAGGCUAACACACGUCCAGUGUGGUUCUUAUCUAGUUUUCCAUCACUUAACACAUGUAUUAAAC